AUGGAUUCUGAACGCUUUGUUCGUCGCCAUCCUUUCCUCCCUCCCUCCCUCCCCUCCCUCCCCGUUUUCGCACCAUGGAUCCUUUUAAUUGUAGAGUCGGUGCGUCUCUCAAUCCUUGCGACGUCUACACUCACUUACUCCAUCCCUACCAGGACCACGGUGCAGAUCUUCGAUGACGACUGCACGGUCUUGGCGAUUUCUAUAUCUGAGUCUACAGUCGUUUCGCUCGUGAUCGCCCCACCCUCGCUUCAGAUGCAGAAUCUAAACUCGCCAUCCGUGCAUACACGCUCAUUGCAGGCUCAGCCACAGCAAGCUCGGGCCCUGUCUCUCGGCGUGCCCCUCUCUGAAACUCCCUCACUCAUGGCGUCCAUCCUUUCCUCUCCCAUGGCUCUUGCUACCGUGAGUAACGGGUACCUCAUUGCCUGUGCAGGCGCCAGAAACCUCCCAGAUAAAGCCCUGUUGCCACGUUUGGCUGUGCGCCAUACCAAACGGUCGGUGGCCGUUGCACUCGGCCGCCUUCGCAGCCUCUCCCGCAGGUAUGCCUCUGCGCGAUCACUUGAUCUCUGA